UUAGCUGGAGCAGGGUGGACACUCAUUAGCUCUUGUUCUGUUGUGAAAGUCCAGGCUGCUGAAAUUAAACUCUGAUGCCAUUCAUGCCAGCAUCCAAUCACCAGAGAGACCAGAAGUUCAGAGAUGACUCCAAGUUGCCAACAAGUGUGGCCACUAUACGACAAGGACUCUAAAGCCGUGGUAGAGGGGGAAGAACAACUUUAGAGAGGAUGCCCAGCUGAGAGUUGAAGGAAAUGAAUUUUGAAACUUCACGGUGUGCCACCCUACAGUACUGUCCCGACCCUUACAUCCAGCGGUUCGUAGAAACCCCAGCCCAUUUCUCUUGGAAAGAAAGUUAUUACCGAUCCACUAUGUCCCAGAGCACACAGACAAGCGAAUUCCUCAGUCCAGAGGUUUUCCAGCACAUCUGGGAUUUUCUGGAACAGCCCAUCUGUUCAGUUCAGCCCAUUGACUUGAACUUUGUGGAUGAACCAUCAGAAAAUGGUGCAACAAACAAGAUCGAGAUUAGCAUGGACUGUAUUCGCAUGCAAGACUCAGACCUCAGUGACCCCAUGUGGCCACAGUACACGAACCUGGGGCUCCUGAACAGCAUGGACCAGCAGAUCCAGAACGGCUCCUCGUCCACCAGUCCCUACAACACAGACCACGCGCAGAACAGCGUCACGGCACCCUCGCCCUACGCACAGCCCAGCUCCACCUUCGACGCCCUCUCGCCUUCGCCCGCCAUCCCCUCCAACACCGACUACCCGGGCCCACACAGCUUUGACGUGUCCUUCCAGCAGUCCAGCACCGCCAAGUCCGCCACCUGGACGUAUUCCACUGAACUGAAGAAACUGUACUGCCAGAUUGCAAAGACAUGCCCCAUCCAGAUCAAGGUGAUGACCCCACCUCCUCAGGGCGCUGUCAUCCGUGCCAUGCCUGUCUACAAGAAGGCCGAGCAUGUCACUGAAGUGGUGAAAAGGUGCCCCAACCAUGAGCUGAGCCGUGAAUUCAACGAGGGACAGAUCGCCCCUCCUAGUCAUUUGAUUCGAGUAGAAGGGAACAGCCAUGCCCAGUACGUAGAAGACCCCAUCACAGGAAGACAGAGUGUGCUCGUACCUUAUGAGCCACCUCAGGUUGGCACUGAAUUCACGACAGUCUUGUACAAUUUCAUGUGUAACAGCAGUUGUGUUGGAGGGAUGAACCGCCGUCCAAUUUUAAUCAUCGUUACUCUGGAAACCAGAGAUGGGCAAGUCCUGGGCCGCCGCUGUUUUGAGGCCCGGAUCUGUGCUUGCCCAGGGAGAGAUAGGAAGGCAGACGAAGACAGCAUCAGAAAGCAGCAAGUCUCGGACAGCACAAAGAACGGUGAUGGUACGAAGCGCCCUUUUCGUCAAAAUACACACGGCAUCCAGAUGACAUCCAUCAAGAAACGAAGAUCCCCAGAUGAUGAACUGCUAUACUUACCAGUGAGGGGUCGUGAGACUUACGAAAUGCUGCUGAAGAUCAAAGAAUCCCUGGAACUCAUGCAGUACCUUCCUCAGCACACGAUUGAAACAUACAGGCAGCAGCAACAACAGCAACACCAACAUUUACUUCAGAAACAGACCUCGAUGCAGUCUCAGUCUUCCUAUGGUAACAGCUCCCCACCUCUGAACAAAAUGAACAGCAUGAACAAGCUGCCUUCCGUGAGCCAGCUUAUCAACCCUCAGCAGCGCAACGCCCUCACUCCCACCACCAUUCCCGAUGGCAUGGGAGCCAACAUUCCUAUGAUGGGCACCCACAUGCCAAUGGCUGGAGACAUGAAUGGACUCAGCCCCACCCAGGCCCUCCCUCCCCCUCUCUCCAUGCCAUCCACCUCCCACUGCACCCCCCCACCUCCGUACCCCACAGAUUGCAGCCUUGUCAGUUUCUUAGCGAGGUUGGGCUGUUCAUCAUGUCUGGACUAUUUCACGACCCAGGGGCUGACCACCAUCUAUCAGAUUGAGCAUUACUCCAUGGAUGAUUUGGCAAGUCUAAAAAUCCCUGAGCAAUUCCGACAUGCCAUCUGGAAAGGCAUCCUGGACCACCGGCAGCUCCAUGACUUCUCGUCCCCUCCCCACCUCCUGCGGACCCCAAGUGGUGCCUCCACAGUCAGUGUGGGCUCCAGUGAGACCCGGGGCGAGCGUGUAAUUGACGCCGUGCGCUUCACGCUCCGCCAGACCAUCUCCUUCCCACCCCGCGAUGAGUGGAAUGACUUCAACUUUGACAUGGAUGCUCGUCGCAACAAGCAACAGCGCAUCAAAGAGGAGGGGGAGUGAGAUGAGCGUUGCGGUUCGAGCUCUUUCCGUCUUCCCACCCCCUAACCCCACUACCAGGCGCCACUGUUUGACCAGCCAAGCAUUCUUCCUAGCUCCCCUCCUUCCUCUUUUCAGUCAGGUUUCUUAAGGGAAGGAGAAGGAAGAGGCUACUUUUUACCUAAUGUGCAACCUGGCAUCUGAUUGUGAUUCUGGCUUUAAGCCUUCAGGUCUCUUGCUUGCAGGACUGUAAUUGUCAUGGCUAGGUAGAAGUGAGCAAAAAAGCAGUGUGUGUCUCCUUAAGCUGCAGAGGUCUCUCCUUGACUUUUAUAAAGCAUUUUCACCCUUAUAGUCUAAGACUAUAUAUAUAAAUAUAUAAAUAUACAGUAUAUAUUUUUGGGUGGGGGGCAUUGAGUAUUGUUUAAAAUGUAAUUUAAAGGAAAAAAAAUUGAGUUGCACUUAUUGCCUUUUUUUUUUUUUUUUUUUUUUUUUUUUUACUUUUUGGAUGGCUUAUCUAUACCCCAUCUCUCAAGGCCAGCCAUGUAUGGUAAUAGGUAUCUAGAUCUUGAUAGGACAUGUGAGUGACAGUGACAUGUAGGUGCCUUCAGUUCUUUUGAUGCUAAACACAUGCCACAUCAAACCUUUGGUUAGAUCUGCUUGUUAUUAUGUGGGUGAGACUGUAUACAUAUGUACACGAUUCUCUAUGUUGGUAUAUUUUAUGUUACUGAUAUCCCUACUACUGAUGAUGGUUGCCUUUGGGGUGAUUUAGUUCAAGUGCAAGAAAAAGUUCAUGUUCACGCUAUCACUCACCAUAGGAAAGGAAAUAUUCUCUCUUGCUUUUGGUUGGGAUUGGGGAAUGUGAGUCAUGGCUAAAAUUCUUAAAAAGUCAUGGAAGCCAGUUCAAUAACACCUGGUAUCACGUGUCUGGGUAUUUCAGCAAUCUCCUCAAAUUUAAUGCCAGACACCUUAACUCUCAGUAUUUUUUGGCAAAGCAUUAGCUGCCAGUACAAACACCUGUAAACCAAAUUUUCCUACUAGAUUGAUUAACUCAAUUACACAUUUGCUACCCUUGUUAGAAUUAAGGUUGAUUUGAUUGGGAUGAAUGCCAUCGGCCUAGUUCUUGCAAUAAAGCUUUAAUGUCUAUUAAGAAUAUCCAGGAAAAACAGGAAUCAUACAGAGCUAUUGAAUCUCCACUAAACAGUAAGAGAUCUCAGUGAGCCAUGAAUUGAAAUACUUGGAGGACUUUUUGAAACAUAAAUAGUAUUAUUUGGCAAAUGUUUCUUCUAACGACCCUCACAUUCUAUAAAAUUCUGCAUAUAGAGGCUUGUUGAUCUUUCUCUCUUCAAGGUUUAAAAUAGGAGCAGUGAUUUGGAAAAUAUAAAAUUAUGAGAUCAGUUUUCCUAAAGCAUCAGUUGUAUCACCAUAUCACUUUUCUUUUUGAACAAUAAUAGUUUCACUUUGUUGGAAAGUAACUGUGAGAACCCAGUUUCCCGUCCAUCUGUCUUCUGGACUGUGCAUACACAUAAAAAUGUCCUGACAGAUCAGAGGAUAAGCCUUCCAUUGGAGAUGUUGCCUGAACCACAUAAGCAAAGAGUUGUCUUCAGACUCUGAAAAAACGUGUAAAUGGAGAUAUUGCUGUACAUCUUUUAGAAACAUACUUUGUAGCAAAUACUUUUUUUCAAACUAUGAAACAAGUAUUUUGUAUAUAUGCUAAUGAGCUCUAAAAGCCUGUCGUGCCUUCUGGUAAAGGGCUAUCAUUGCACAUAAGCUUCCAUUUUUAUUUUAAAGUGCAAAAGGACUAAUGUGGCUCAAAAAUAUAUAUGAGUUUCAUCUGAAAAGUGUAUAUAUGUUUUGCAAGUGAACGUGCAUACUUUGUGUUUCACUAUCUUUUUCUUCUUGGGAUACCGGGUUUUCCAGAACCACAGUUGAAACUUUUUUUGUUAUUAUUAUUGUUUUUAUAUUUUCCUGGAAACACCAUUUAGUAAGACUACAAUGUCAAAUUUUAAAAUGCCAUUACUGUAAGAUGGGGGGAAGGGAAAAAUUGAUUUUUAUUUUUUAUUUUUUAGUUUUGUAUGUUAAAGAGAGUGAGUCCUUGAUUUCAAAGUUUUAUUUUGCAUAAAUGGUAAUAAGCACUGUUAAUAUGUGGAACAAGCAUGCAGGUUUGAAAACCUAUUAACAGGAAGAAUGAAAGCCAUGCCUUGGCAAUGCUAGGAGGGCAAAUGGCUUCCUGGACUAUCAUGAGUGUUUGAAUAAACCUAGGACAUCUUCUGAGCUAUUUCAGCACUCUUCAGGUGGCACUAAGGACUCAGAAAUUCCUUCACUGUAUAUCAUGGGUUUGGCAUGAGCCAAAGUGAGGCACAACUACUGGCCUCACAUCCUGGUGGCAACUUACGUUUUUUGAGUGUAUGAGUAGCUAGCAUGAGGGGCAAAAGAAUAUUAAGACAGACAGAGGGGGCAUGGGCUUAAUGGAGUUCUUGUGGCCUCAGUUCAGUACAGUUAGCUGAAGAAUGGAUAGAUUUUUGUUUGGAGUUGAUUAGAAAUGGAAAUGGAGACUAGAACUUACUUCAUUAAAUCCAUUUACCUUCUGUUUUCUUGAUAUUCCCCUAAAGUAUAGUAUGCAGGAUGUUGAAUGUUAAAAGGUUGCAUUUUUUUUAUUAUUUUUAUAAUUGUAAAAAAUUAAGUCAAUGCCAAAUGUUUUAUAUGCUUUAUUAAUGUUUUUGAAAAGGUUUUCUUAUAGAUGUGAUGUUUUUUUUUUUUUUUUUUUUAAGCUUCAGUUGCUUGUCUUUUGGUAUUUUGGGUAAUGGGCUUUUGGUGAGCCAGAGGCAAAUCCACAAGCCACUUAUGUUUGCCAGGACAUGCAAUAAAAUUAAAAAAUAAAUAAAAAUGC